AUGGGUUGGCACUUUAGCUUCAGGAGACGCAGGAACAAGAAUAAGGGUUCCUCCAGUAAUGGCAAGUCUACACCUGCACAAGCGGCACCGGUUGCAUCUCCGGUCACGGCGCCGCCGCAACACCAGCAGCAAGAGCUGCUGCAGCGGUCGCGAAGCAAUACCAAGGAAACAUCAAGUACACCACUUCAAGUGACCAAAGACAAUGCACCACCGCAAACAUGCCCCUUGGUCGUCACAGCUUCGAUACGGUUCCCGGACUCGGGUGUAGGAUCUCUCUACAGCCGCGAGUAUAGGAGUUCGCCAGACUUUGACCCUACCGAGCGGAUAUGUCGAGGACUGCUGAGGAGGAUCGAGUACGGCAGCGAAGAGCUGAUCACCCGCAAGGACUCCAGUGCCCUCGACCCCAAUGGCCAGCACAGCUCCAAACCGCUACGGUAUGAGAUGCACUUCAAGAUCGUUCGACACGGUGAUGAUGUGUGGGCCGAGCGGACCUUCAAGUCGUACCAGAAACACCCGGUCUUUUACCACGCAGCAACGGAGCUCGCUGCUGCCACCCACCGCCUGAUCGGUCUGUACCUACACGAGCACGACACCGGCUUCAAGUGGACUGGUGAUCCGCUGCGAGACUACUUGGACGAGCCCGAAGUUUCGAAACCGUCGUUCGAGGGGCCGCUCUCACUCAACAGUGUACCACGCGCCCGGUUCCUGGAAUCGACACAAUCUUUCGAGUUCGUUCCCGGUUUCACCAUCGAGAUCGCCUUCAGGAGUCGGAGUCAGCAGAGAGCGCAGCAAGACUGGAAGAGGACCUCCAGGCUCAGCAGCAAGCAAGGUACCCCUCUCAACCUGGGCUGUGCAGAAGACCUCUUGUACCGAGGCUCCAAAGCGGUGAACGAGGAGUAUGAGAAGAUCAAGCAGGCGUUUGAUGCAAGACACAAAGACUGCGAGAUGCUGGAAGGAGCUGUGGGCUGCCACCACUUUGAGCAGGACGCUCUCGAGAUCGACCUCCGGAUUUUCAACAACCUCGGUCCGGACUUUGAUCACCUCCGCCGGUCCAUCCGCACGAGGUUGGCCCUGUUCUGCGACGAAGACGGUGCCGACUGCGAGCGCUUCCUCCGGGCACUCCAAGCUCGCUUGUCCGAGUCCCGAGAUCGGGCGGACGAGCAGUUGUCCCAGAUGGAGGACUUUGACUUUCGGAUAUUGAAGCUGAGCGGCCACAGCUGGCAGGCAAAGAACGCUGCCCGUUUCACGUUCGAUUCGUCGGUCUCGCGUUCCCGUCGGACUAUCGAGGCUACCCUCGACCGCGUCCAGACCGGCGUGAUCGAUGUGCUUCGUGGUAACAACGUCGCAGCCCAUCUCGGAGCCUACAAGCGCGGGCACCACAUCCUAGACAAGGCGCUGAUAGCUCGGUCUUCCGCGGAUGCGCCUAGUACGGAAACCGACGAGGAUCCCGAGGCCCAGAAGGUGGAGCUGAUCUCGAGGCUGGAGGCUCGGAUCCAAGAGGACCUGGAAAUGAUCUGUAAGGAUACCUGCUCGCUGGCGGAUAUCCCCGACGACAAGCCGCUCAGGGAUGAGGUCAGCAAAGAAAUGAGUGAAGACGUACCGGAUGUCGUCGAGGUCCCCGUCACCGAGCUCUCGGCCGUGGAGUCGCCCGCGGAGCCCGUCGCGGAGAUGCCCACGCCGCCCGCGACCCCGCCUACUGAGCCGCGUUCGUUUCCUCUCGUUCCUCUAAAGUACCGCCCCGAGAUACCGGUGCGCACUAGCAGUGCCUCGUCCCACUUCAGCGGGAUCCUCGGGGUCCCGGGGACUGUCCAAGCUUCUCGCGAAGGCGAAGGCUUGGCGGCUCCCGAGUCCCCCGUGGACCCCGACUUUACCUGGGGCCCAGGCCAGAAGCCCGACGGAGCUCCGGUCUUGACCAGGGACUUUGGCGCGGACAACUCGGGCCUCGAUGCUGACGGGCAGGUUCUCCGCCGUAAGAGUUCCAUCCCAGACUUGAAGGCUGGGGUUGAGGGCUCUGGACAAGGUGAGAAUCUGGUGGAUGCUGCUCAGGAGCGACGCGAUGUUGAACCGUCUGCUGGACCUUCCGUGCCAGCCGGUACCCAAGAGAUUAGCGAAACUCAGCCAGCAGAGAGCGCAGCUGUAGACGUGGCUAGGGAGUCUAGCCCAUCCGCCAUCGUCUCGCCAUCAUCAGACACCGAUGAAAGGCAGACGGAUGAGCAUCUCGCAGAAGAGACUGCCCAGGAUGCACAGGUCAACUCACAAAGCCCAGCGCUGUCUGAGUUGACAGCAGAGGUUCCUCAAGAGAGCAACACCGAAACCCCUACACCAGAGCUCGAGCCGCCGACGACCGAGCCGGUUGUGGCUGUUGAACACGAGACUGCCGCCCCUGAAGAUCUACGCGAAGUUACGCAAGAGACAGCGGGGACUGAGCAAAAGUCUCCGCUGGAGGCGGAUCUAUCAGGCAACGGAAAUCCCGACUCUGCCAACAAGAUUAUCAUCGGUCAAGAAGAAGUCCCCGAAGGGGAUGGUACCGCUCAGACAGCUGUCACUGAAGCCACCACGGAAGCACCCGUGGUGGAGCAAGCUAUACCCGCCGUCGAGGAACUGGAGUCAGCAGAGCCUCCUGUGGAACCUAAGGAGCUGCCCUUGGCCGAUGGACCAGGAGAGUCCACGCACAACGGCGAACUCGACAACGCCGACGGUGCCGACACUCUGCAUGCUGAGGCAGAUGUCCCGGCCGCAGAUCCCGCUGAUAUUUCUCCGUUGCCAUUAUUGGAGUCGGUGAAUGGGCCAUCUCCGUCAGCCGAACCAGUCACGGUUGAGCAGGCGGGCACCAAGGAUGAUGCUGACUCCGAGGAGUCUAAGGAUGUCGAUUCAUCGCUUUCAAAGCAAGAAAUUGAGGACAAGAAGCCAGCUACCAAAAGUGCCGAAGAGUCCGGUGAGGUGGAGUGUCCUCAGGCUAAGAUAGACAACGAGGUCGCUCUUCUCGCAAUGCCCGAGGAAGCCGAGUCACCUCCGCAACCUGACCUGCCCGUCUCCAACGAGGCUGCUUCGGCAUUCGACGACUCCUCAGAUGACCGCGACAGACCUCAGACCCCGCCGGAUAUCCGGGAGACGGACACUACUGAGGAUCCAACGACGCCGUUGUCGAAAGAAGCCGACAACGAGUCCCUGGCGCCCUCUACGCCCGGUCUCAGCUGUGGGGACGAUAUGUCGCCAGAGGCCAGCUUCCUCGCGACCCCUGUUCUGCACAGGAGUGCCAUCAUCCAGGGAAUGCCCGCGCUUGUAGAUCAGAGGCUAUUCGAUGAUGGACAUGCAGAAAAGCAUGAGCCUGAGUCAGCGGCAAAGUCUAUCACGGACGUGCAAACCCCGGAACUUGACAAGGGUCUGCUCGACCAAUUCCCCUCUCCCGGGCCAUUCUCGGCAACCGAGCAGGUCCAUUUCGUAUCAGGAGUUCAAGAACCCGAAUUUCCGCCAGCAGCCCCAUCGGCAUCUGCUGAGAAGCGCUCGGUCAAGCUGUGGAGGCCCGAGGACGUCUGCGAGCCCGUCUUUGAGGACGACUUCUCCCGGACAAAGUCGGAUUAUGCAUUCGACCACGAUGCCGAUUUGUUCUCCCCCUCCGAUGACGAAGAGAGCACGGCGCAAAACGAAGUGCUUCCUGGUCGCGGAGAUUCUGCAGCGUCGGACGCGAAGGACGAGGUUCAUGUCCGAGAUGGGCGCCACUCAGCGACACCGGAGCCGCCAGCGCGCCGGAUGUCCGACGCUGAGGCUGCAUGUCACACCGACGGUGCCGAAGGAGUUGAAUCGCACGAGUGCGACGUGAAAAUGUCCGAUUCAUCCGCAGAUGAUAAGAUAACUCCGAUACUCGUGCACGAGAAUGCUGACCUGUCGCAACUCGACGUUGUUGAUGAAGCACCCCCCAUCAGCGAGCCGGCGGAACCGGAUACGAGCGAGGACCCCGUUGACGCCGCUGCUGACGAAGAGCUCAGCCAAUUACCAAUCCCCGAGAUCGCCGAGGAGGUAAUUGAGCUUGAAGUGAAGCAGCAGCAGUCCCCAGCCAAUUUACCCGCGGACGUACCGGCGGCUACCUCCCCAACCCCGUCGGACCCGGAGCUCCCGGAGUCUACCGUUGCCGAUCCCUCCGGGCCCGACAACAACAACAACAACACCACAACCAGCACCGAUCCAACCGACGUCCCAAUCUCAUUCCCCGUUCAAGACCAAGCACCACCCACCCCAGCAGAGCUGGUGACCCGCACCCUCACCGCAAAGAGCAGCGCCUCCUCAGGCUGGGAGGACUGCUCCUCCGCCUACACCGCACCCACCCACCCCCGCGACUCCGUCGACAGCGUCGACCCGCUCGACGACGCAGACGCAGACGCAGACGAGGCAGAGGACUCCCUGCCCCCGCUGCACGCGACGACGGGCUACGUCGGCCUGCACGAGGGCCGGCUCGUCGAGUUCGGCCUGCGCGGCGCGCUGACGGGCUCGCGCCGCUUCGACGCCGCCCUGCGCCCCAGCACGGCGCCCUCGCUGACCGCCGCCGCCCGGGAGGAGGAGGAGGGGGCGGCGUCUUCUACUGCCGGGUCGUCCCGCACGCUGAGGCUGCGGCGGCGGGCGCGCAGUGUGGCGGCGGUGGCGGGCGUGAAGCACGGGAAGCGCGGCAACGGCAACGGCAGCGGCAACAACGCCAGACGUGCCGGUACCACCGCAGCGGACAAGGCGAAUGGGGAGCGGGACGGACGGGCCCGGCGGUCCGCCUCGUUGCCGCCGGCUGCUACGACGGCUGACGACGAGACGAGAGAAGUCCAGGCCGAGGAGGCCGUGCUGCCGCGGGUGAUGAGGAUGUUUUCUGGGUUCAGGGGUCGGCGGUGA